CCACUACACUCCAUCCACGAACUACAGUAUAUCAGGAAGCGGUUGUGUAGGAAGAGGAACGGGAAGAAUCAAAAGCAAAACAGCCUCAAACGCAUUUUUCGGAUCGAGAAGUUCGUCAGAGCUCCGGCGAUGGAGAAGGAGAGGGAGAAGCUUGUUUACUUGGCCAGACUUGCAGAACAAGCAGAGAGAUAUGAUGAAAUGGUGGAAAUGAUGAAGAGCGUCGCAAAGUUGGACGUAGAACUUACUGUGGAGGAGAGAAACCUGGUCUCUGUGGGAUAUAAGAACGUUAUUGGGGCAAGAAGAGCCUCGUGGCGUAUUUUAUCUUCUAUUGAACAAAAGGAGGAAGGAAAGAAGAAUGAGGCUAAUGUGAAGAGGGUCAAGGAGUACAGGCAGAGGGUUGAAGACGAACUGGCAAGAAUUUGCCAGGACAUCUUAUCAGUUGUUGACAAGCAUCUCAUUCCAUCUUCAUCCUCUGGCGAAUCCAAUGUUUUUUACUAUAAGAUGAAAGGGGAUUAUAAUCGAUACUUAGCAGAGUUUAAAUCUGGCCAAGAACGCGAAGAAGCUGCAGACCAGUCGAUGAAGGCCUAUGAGUCUGCCUCAAGCAUUGCAAGCUCUGAUCUUCCUCCAACACAUCCAAUCAGACUUGGCUUGGCGCUUAACUAUUCUGUUUUCUACUAUGAGAUAUUAAAUUCCCCAGAGAGGGCAUGCCACCUUGCUAAACAAGCUUUUGAUGAUGCCAUAGCUGAACUCGAUGGCCUCAAUGAAGAAUCCUACAAGGAUAGUACCCUCAUCAUGCAAUUGCUGAGGGAUAAUCUCACGUUAUGGACCUCAGAUCUCCCAGAUGAGGGAGGUGAGCAAUCUAAAGCUGCUGAUGAACCUUGAGCAGAGGCACGAUAUUCGAACUCUUCGGUCAGUCGGGGACAUCUGCUUUAAGUACUUGGAACAAUUAUUUACCACCUAUAUAUUUGCAGCUAAUUACUGUUGGCAUGGUUCUAGGAGGCAGGGCAUAUAGCUGUGCCACUUUUCUUGCUUAUUAGUAGUGUACUAGAACAGUAAUCUGUUAUCACUUUGAACCAUUACCUUUAAAAAUUAAGUGAAUCUGUUUAGUUUGAGAAAUACUAUCUACUUGAUUGACUGAUUUUACCUGGUUG